CGGAGAGCCGGGCAGGGAAGGGAAGAUGGCGGCGGCGGAGCGGAGCAGAUCCCCGGUUCCUGGGGGGUCCCCAGUGCCGGCCUGUAUGUUUGCCCCGGAGCCCGGCUCCCCGGGCGGACGACCUCGAGUGGCGGCGGCCGCCUGUCCCCUCCGCUCAGCUUUCGACGGCGAGGACGGCGAGGCGCUCAACGGCGAGCCCGAGAUCGACCUCACCAGUAAGCUGGUGAUGGUGAGUCCAACGUCAGAGCAAUAUGACAGUUUGCUCCAGCAGAUGUCAGAGAGGAUUGAUGAGGGAUGUGGGGAGACCAUCUAUGUUAUUGGACAAGGAUCAGAUGGGACUGAGUACGGGCUGAGUGAGGCAGACAUGGAGGCGUCCUAUGCCACGUUGAAGAGCAUGGCAGAGCAGAUCGAGGCAGACGUGAUCCUCCUGAGGGAGCACCAGGAGGCCGGGGGCAAGGUGCGCGACUACCUCGUUCGGAAACGUGUGGGUGACAACGACUUCCUGGAGGUCAGGGUAGCAGUGGUUGGCAAUGUGGAUGCAGGGAAGAGCACCUUGCUGGGUGUCUUGACUCACGGCGAGUUAGACAAUGGCCGGGGCUUUGCUCGGCAAAAGCUCUUCCGCCACAAGCACGAGAUUGAGUCAGGCCGCACCAGCAGCGUGGGCAAUGACAUUCUGGGCUUUGACAGCGAGGGCAACGUGGUGAACAAACCCGACAGCCAUGGUGGCAGCUUGGAAUGGACAAAGAUCUGUGAGAAAUCCACCAAGGUCAUUACUUUCAUUGACCUGGCUGGUCACGAAAAAUACCUGAAAACCACCGUCUUUGGCAUGACCGGACACUUGCCUGACUUCUGCAUGCUAAUGGUUGGGAGUAAUGCUGGGAUUGUUGGAAUGACCAAGGAGCACUUAGGCCUGGCGCUUGCACUUAACGUUCCUGUCUUUGUUGUGGUGACCAAGAUUGACAUGUGCCCUGCCAACAUCCUGCAAGAAACCCUGAAGCUGUUACAGCGACUGCUGAAGUCCCCAGGGUGCAGGAAGAUUCCCGUGCUGGUUCAGAGCAAGGAUGAUGUCAUUGUAACAGCCUCCAACUUCAGCUCAGAGAGGAUGUGCCCAAUUUUCCAGAUUUCAAAUGUUACUGGGGAGAAUCUAGAUUUGCUGAAGAUGUUUCUUAAUCUCUUGUCUCCACGGACCAGUUACAGGGAAGAAGAGCCAGCAGAAUUCCAGAUAGAUGAUACUUACUCUGUCCCGGGUGUAGGAACAGUUGUCUCUGGGACAACACUGAGAGGCCUAAUCAAGCUAAAUGACACCCUGCUUCUGGGGCCAGAUCCCCUUGGCAACUUCCUCCCUAUUGCUGUCAAGUCCAUCCACCGCAAGAGGAUGCCUGUCAAGGAGGUGCGGGGAGGCCAGACUGCCUCCUUUGCCUUGAAGAAGAUCAAGCGUUCUUCCAUCCGGAAAGGCAUGGUAAUGGUGUCACCCCGCCUGAAUCCACAAGCGUCCUGGGAGUUUGAAGCAGAGAUUCUGGUGCUCCAUCACCCCACCACCAUCAGCCCACGAUACCAGGCCAUGGUGCACUGUGGCAGCAUCCGUCAGACGGCCACGAUUCUCAGCAUGGACAAGGACUGCCUGCGGACAGGGGACAAGGCCACGGUGCACUUCCGCUUCAUCAAAACCCCGGAAUAUUUACACAUAGACCAGCGGCUGGUCUUCCGGGAAGGCCGCACCAAAGCUGUGGGUACCAUCACUAAGCUACUCCAGACCACCAAUAACUCACCAAUGAACUCCAAGCCACAGCAGAUCAAGAUGCAGUCAACAAAGAAGGGAGCUGUUACGAAACGAGAGGAUGGUGUUCCUGCCGCUGGGACGGCAGCUGGAGGCCCAGCAGCUGGGGAUGAGGCCCCCUCAACAGCUGCAGCACCACUGACACCUACUGCCCUGCAACCAUUGCCUGCACUGGAUGAAGAGCCCCACAUCCGUGAGGGCAAUAAGUCAAAAGUCGGAGGAGGAGGACGUCGACGUGGGGGUCAGCGCCAUAAAGUGAAAUCUCAGGGAGCCUGUGUGACUCCUGCCAGUGGCUGCUGAAUUUCUUAUUCCUCCUCUCCCUGAGGAAUUCCUCCCCUUCCCUUCAUUUCUUAUCCAAAAGAUCCAGAGCAGCGUAAACCAAAACCCAUCCCAGCUGAUUGGCUGCAAGAAGAAUCGUCCCUCCUCCCUGCAGGAAGCAAUGGAGAGGAGCAUAAUUUAUAAGCUAAUGAAGGUGAUAAGACAGAGAACUGAGUAACUGACACCUUCCUCCUCCCCCUGUCGACACAUUUUUGUACAUCAUGGGCUUAGUUUUUAUUCUUAUUAGUUUUUAUUAUAUUUUGUGUGCAUGAAGAUGAGAGGGGAGUUUGGAUAGAGCUGCAAAGAGCCAGUUAGUUGCCUCCCUCCUCCCUCACCCCUUUCUGUCCACAGGACUUGCUGCUCUCCCCUAUUUGCUGUCUCAGAUCCAGGGGUUAUCAGAUGCCUGAAAUUUCAGACUUGCAAAGGUUAAAACAGGUUGUUUAGGAUGGCUCCAUGGAGCAUUGUUUCAUCACCACUGUGGCCUUGUGCCAAAUAUGUUUUGGAUUCCCUCCCUCUUAAACUAUUUCUAAGUGGAUUUAAUCUAAUGUUGUAAUGACUGAAGUUUGAAGGAGAUGGUGAGAAAAUUCCUUAGUUUGAGAUCUAAAAGGGAAACAAAUUGGAAAGCAGUUGUUAAGUUCAGGGAUCCUCAAAUAAUGUUGAAAGCACUUAAAAUAUUAACUAGUGACAGAGUUAAAUGGGCAGACAUUUACCCACCCCAUUCCCCUUCCCAUUGUGCUGCUUUUCCUAGUGUUUGUUCAGUGCACAUUGGAGCAAAUCUAACCUGCCUCUCAAGGCUGCAGCAGCUCCACUGACAGUAUUAAGAACAGUGCAGAGCACUCAGUCCGUCCCUUGAGCCAGAGAAAACCUUCUCACCUCGACGGACAGAGGUCACAGGUGGCAAGAUACCUUUGGAACAGAGACACCAGGCUAACAUGACCUCCCCUUGAUUUUGUUUACUCCAAGAUUUCCAAAACCUUUUUGGAACUCACUGGCCAAACUGUGCCACGGCAGAGGUAGGAUUUAUCUUCUCCCCUCUUGGCCAAAGAGGGCAGUGACAAAUUUGGUACCAAAUUUGUAGAAAUGCUUUCAUGGUUGGAAGUAUGCUGAAAUUUUUCUGACUUUCAUUGAACUUUUUUUAAGAUUUUAUUGUUCUUAAUGAGAAAUUCUGGCUUCUCCAAGAAGGCCCUUGCAAGGACAGUUUACAAAUGACUGUUGGAAUGGUUUUUUUAACCAUAUAAUGAGUUUUUCAAGUGAUUGAUCCCUGCUUAUUUUGAUCUCUUUUCUUCUAACCCUGCCUUCUUGCUUGGCUCUGGUGAGGACAGAAAUUAUCCUCUGCCAGCUUGUGGUGAGCUCUGGGAGUGUGGUAGCAUUUUGAGGAGGAGGUGGCAUCCUCAGUAAAUCAUGGCUCUCCCCAGCAGGCGCGGUCAGGCUCGGUUUCUCUGAGGGCUUCCUCCUCCAAUGAAGGACUUUUAUUUUAAUUAGAGAGAGACUGCAAAGUUUCUGUCCCUCCUUAGCGGGUUGUUCCUGUUCCUCGCUCUGUGUCACCUGUGUGGAGUUCAUUCCAGUUCACCUUGUGACUCGGGGUAGGCUUCCAGGCCGGCUGAGUGGCAGAGCGCAUCUCCCGCUGCCAACACCAGCACUCCAAGAGCAUUAAGCGGCACGGGAGAGGUGAGAAAGGUGGUUUGGAGACGUUUGGAGAUGAGGGUCCUUUGCCUUAGAGACUGCAGUGGGUGACAGGGGAGGUCAGACAGUCCUUUUCCAAGCUAUGUGCCUAAAUACCAGCACUCUCCUGGCGAGGGAGGAACUAUAGGCGGCUACAACACUAAUAGCACCCGCAUUGUGAGGGGGUGUGAGGUGUGGCUAAAACAGGGCACAAGGGCCUGGCUUGUUUGUCUUCUGGCCCUGUAGCAGCAGCAAACUGCAUCUGAUUUUACUGCCCUCUGCUUCUGAGGGGAGCAGGGAGCUCCAGGCGGUUUUCUCUUUCUCCAUUCCUUGUGCUCCAAAUGAAGGAGACUGCCGAGAAUGAAAGAAAGUUCACGUGUUUGUGCAAAGGAGGUGGUGUGAUCUCUCUUUUGUGACCAGCAUUUACAGAUCACUCAGGCCGGUGUGAUCUAUAAAAUAAAUUUUAAAAAAGUUUGUUCCAAGUAAAA